AACGUUACAAGGAAGUACGUGAAGGCAACACCAAGUUGCCUGUGAGCAAGAUUUUUGGACUGUGCUGUGUUGUGUCGAAAGAUACCCGAGAUAAACCCUGGAAUAUUGACGUAUUCCUAUAUUAUAAUAAUAAUAAUAACUUAAUACUAUAUUAGCUGGUUAGCUAGCCAUGUAUUUUCGUCAGAUGUUGCGGACGCAGUUAAUCGGGACCAGAGCGGCUCACCUCCACCGUUUGCACCGUGUUUGUCGAGCCGAGGUAGCUCCUCUGAAAAUAAGUCGUGUCUUUCUCAUUAACAUUUUCUUUUUGUUAACUGCAGCUGGGCAUGUUGACAACAAUUGUGCUACUGGUGGUGGCUGUGGGGAAAGUGCAGUGCCCCACCACCAAGAGCUGUGCACCAAAAGUGACGAAGUGAAGCUGGCAAAGGAGGCCAGUAAGAAGUACGGCUCCCCAGCUCCAACCAUCUUCUCCAAAGUGAUUGACAAAAGCAUCCCUGCAGAUAUAAUUUAUGAAGAUGAGAAGUGUUUGGCAUUCAGGGAUAUCAGCCCACAGGCCCCUGUUCACUUCCUUGUUAUUCCAAGGGUCCCUAUUCCCAGAAUAAGUGAGGCCAAGGAUGAUGAUACCGAGCUCUUAGGACAUUUGUUGGUUGUUGCCAAAAAUGUGGCGAGGCAGGAAUCUCUAAAUGAAGGAUACAGAGUGGUGAUCAACGAUGGAAAGCACGGUGCUCAGUCAGUUUACCACCUUCACAUCCACGUCCUGGGAGGAAGACAGUUGAAAUGGCCACCAGGAUAAUGAUUUCCUGGGUCUGAUCAUUUGUCCGUUAAUCUUUUUAGGCUACUUUCAUGUGUUUUAAUCCCACAAGUAUGACUUGAUAUAUGAUGAGUGUAGUUCAUAAUAUCAUCCCAUCAUUCUGUGCAAAAACUCACUUCACCAGGCAAAAUGAUGUGAAUAUGUUGAUCUUGACAAAUGCAAAUAAUGAAGACAUUAUGUUUAAUACAGCUGCAAAUAAAGACACUAUUUCUAAUCUCUGUUUUUAAUCUGACAUUGUCUUGCAUCUACAGUUUGUGAGAACAACAAGUUAUUGUCAGAUAAUAUUACUACCAGUUACAAAAUACAAUUGGAGGUUAAUUCCUGACAGCAAUAGUAAAAGAAGAUCAGGGAUCCGUAUCAGUAAAACCGCUUUUGCAUCUUGUAAUUUCUUUUAUCUUUAUGAAGUAUAUGUUGGUUGCACAAUUGAAUGGCUGUAGACUGGCAUUUAGAUUGGUUUCCUAUAAGCCUAGCUUUCAGGAUGAUUUUCUGAUUUUCUGUCUGCCUACAGGCCGUGUUCUUCCUUUCACAAUAAAAGCCCCAGACAUACACACGCCA